CUUCCUAUCAAAAAAACCAUCUUUGCCCCAAAGCAAGCGCAAGGGUCUUCGACGGAGACGCACCACCGCCAUUGCCGCUUUCGUCUCCUAGUUCUCCUUUUGGUCUUCUCUUCCUGGAGAUCUGGAUCUUAGGAUUUGCUUUAGGACCACGAAAAGCGGGCAUGUUCCAUCGUUGAUGGGUGGGGUUGUCGAUUUGAAGUUGUUGUGAGGGUUAGAGAGUCUAUUUGUUUGGGGAUUGCGUGUGGGGAUGGCGGAUCCGGCUACGAUGUCGGCUGCCGUCGACGCUCGGUUCAGCAACCGGGAGCUCAUUGGCCGGGGAUCGUUCGGCGAUGUCUUCAAAGUGUUUGAUAAGGAGCUGAACAAAGAAGUUGCUAUCAAAAUUAUAGAUUUAGAAGAAGCAGAGGAUGAAAUCGAGGACAUUCAAAAGGAGAUAUCUGUUCUUUCCCAGUGCCGGUCUCCAUAUAUUACUGACUACUAUGGCUCAUAUCUUCACCAGACAAAAUUAUGGAUAGUAAUGGAAUAUAUGGCUGGUGGCUCAGUGGCUGACCUACUUCAAACAGGUCCUCCUUUGGAUGAAAUGUCUAUUUCUUGCAUUCUGCGGGACUUGCUGCACGCAGUUGAGUACCUUCAUAAUGAAGGAAAGAUUCACCGAGAUAUAAAAGCGGCAAACAUUCUGCUGACAGAAAAUGGAGAUGUUAAGGUUGCAGACUUCGGUGUAUCUGCGCAAUUAACAAGGACAAUGUCUAGAAGAAAGACAUUUGUGGGGACCCCUUUCUGGAUGGCUCCAGAGGUCAUUCAGAAUUCAGAUGGAUACAAUGAAAAGGCUGAUAUCUGGUCAUUAGGCAUUACAGCUAUAGAGAUGGCAAAAGGUGAACCACCAUUGGCUGAUCUACAUCCAAUGAGAGUUCUUUUCAUGAUACCUCGAGAAAAUCCACCUCAGCUGGAUGAGCACUUCUCCAAACCCAUGAAAGAGUUUGUUUCCCUGUGUUUAAGGAAAAUCCCUUCUGAGAGACCAAGUGCCAAGGAACUUCUUAAACAUCGGUUCAUCAGGAAUGCUCGAAAAAGCCCAAGACUUUUGGAGAGAAUAAGAGAGCGACCUAAAUUUCACAUGAAAGAAGCAAUGGAAACUCAGAGAAAUGGUAAUAAUUCUUUUGAUGAUGGAGCAAGCACAGUACGAGUGACCAGAGAUUUAAGAGAUGAGAUCCCAAAAUCCAGUCAUGGAAAUGCCCAAAGAAGUGGUCGCUCGAACUUCAGCAUGGAUGAAUCCCAGGGUACAGGAACUGUUCGUGUCGGUGCACCACUGGGUAUGGGACUUUCUAACAUGGGUGAGUUACAAGGUACAGGGACUGUUCGAAGUAUUAUAAAACCGAAUCCAGCUGCUGUGGUGAAAGAUAGAGUAUCUGAUAUUUCAUAUGACCAUAAACUUACAAGAAAGGCCAGUGAUAAGGGUAAUUUUCAAAUUCCAUUUUCUGGAAUCUCACGCAAUGAGCCAACAUCGGAAAUUUCUUUCAAGGAAGAUGCUGAAACUGAGCUGAAUGAUAAAGGUCUUCAAAAUUCUUCAGAUGAUGAGGAGGACCCAUCGGUGAGUGGAUCAGGAACAGUCAUAUUACGAGCUCCAAAAGACACACAGGUUCAUGCAGCAUUUGGCAAUCAGGGUCUCAUGACUCCAAGCAGAUACCAUUCUGUUGAAGACGUAUCCAUCAGUGGCACAGUAGUGCUACGACCACAACACGAUGAAUCUGGUAGUCCUCGUACUCCAAAGUCUAGAUUUGAUAUCAUUGAGAAAACAUCAAGUGUGUCUCCUGAAGACAGCGCAACAAAUCUUGCUGAGGCGAAGGCUGCACUACAAGCUGCCUUCAAGAAGGGAAAUCCUCGUGAAAGGUUUGCUCUGGGUAAACUCAACAAGGAGGCAUCAGAAGCUAAAGUAAUGGAACGAGCAAGCAACUCCAUUUCUUCUAGGGAUUCUCGUGAUAAUUUUGAGCCACAAAAACUGCUUCAAAGAUCACGCCACAAUGAUGAUGAUGGUGGUGAUCGAGUUUCUGUACCAGUAACUUCACCAGUAUUAUCUAUGUUGAUUAUGCCUUCAGUGAAAGAGGCUGCUGGUGACAAGUUAGAAGGGUCUACAGCCCGCAAUUUGAUUGAAGGACUUACUAACAUGGAACGCUUAUCACCCGGUUCUUGUGAGCUUCUAGUUGGCAGGUUACUUCAGAGAUUGGGAAGUUCAAAGGAACCAUCUAUGAAGGGACUUCAAGAUCUGGCAACUCGUGCUUUCACCAAAAACAUAGUUCCUUCUCAAGAUGAAUCAGAAACCAAAAAACAAGUAAAAAAGGAUCUGUUUGAAUCUCCUAGUCUUACUCCUUUAGCGAAAUUCCUUCUAACAAGAUGGCAGAGCCAAGUGUCCGAGGAUCUAAAAUCGGUUUAACAAGAGUAAAGAAUGGAUAAAUAUGAUUUUGUAAUUUUGUGUUGUGUUUUGCUUUAUGUAAAUUCAGUUUUGCAAUGUAUAUAUCCCUUAAAAAAAUGAGCUGUUGUUAUAUCUAGGUACUUGUUUACUCUGUAUCUGUUGGUCCUAAGUUUUAUCAUGGCCUUCAUGGCCAAUGUUCUUCAUGGGAUAUAUAUAUAUAUAUAUAUAUAUAAACAUUGUUUUAUCUAAGAAUGCUUUGCAAA